AUGCAAGAAGCUACUCGUUCCGAAACGGUUAGCAAUGAUGGAAAAUUGAUGGGCAUCAUGGCUGAAAUAAAAGUAAAAGGACCAGUGUGGUCCGAUCUAAUAAGAAAGACUGUCUACUCGACUAGAGAGUUUCUCAACCGAGUAGAUGAGUUCAUUAAAUUAGAAGAAGCCAUUCGGAAAGCUGACCAAGCUAACCAAGCAGGAACUAGUGCAGCACCAGUAAAAAACUCAGGUGCAAAUUCUAACCAGAAUAAGACAACCAAUGGUAAUGGGAAUAAGAAUAACCAAAACAGUAGGAAACAGAACAACAAUUCCAACCGUGGCAAUAAUAAUGACAACAAAUGA